AGGGGGAGGGGAGAGGGGGCGCUGGCAUCGGACAGUCGGUGUCGCGCCAGGCCCCCGCUAGCGGCUAGCCAAGCAAGCAGCAAGCAGUCGCAAUCCCGUCGCCUAACCAGCAUUGCUCGCCUUACCUUUUCACCCUCUUACAAAAUCGCAUUCGAGGCUUCCGUCAGCUGCAUAUAUUUGCCCCGUUCCAUCAACCGGUCCCUCCGACGUCGUCCGUCGUUGCACGUCGUCGCCAUUGCCGCCGCCACCGCCGCCGUUGCCGCUGCUGCUACUGCCGUCGUCAUCGUCGAACACGCAGUACGUCGUCGUUAUUGCUCUCGCAAUCGUCGUUUAGUCGCGCGUGGUUUCUUAGCAGCGGCCGUACUGAAGGGAAAAACGCGAGCGAAUAUAUAAAAAAAAUACGGAAUUCUUUUGUGAUCGAGUAAGCCGAUUAUGAGUUGGAACAGUGCAGCAGUUCACAGCAAGCACGCAUCAUCCGGGCCAGCGUUGUUCAAGUGAGAAAACAAGUUUUCGUGAUUUUUGGUGUCGCGAGAUCCGGCUGAUCGACCGGAACUGUAUGGUGAGAGUAGUAAAACGGAAAGUACCUUUUUCGCCGUUUCUUCUAUAUUUAGUGAGGAAGAGAGCAAGUGCAGCGUCCUUAAAGGCUAUUAAAUUCGCAGCUCGUAUGUCACACGUUCAAAGAACAAGCCGUGUCAUUGUUGAUAUAAGUGCUGACAAAUAAGAUAUAUAUAUAUAUAUAUAUACACACAUAUAUACACAUAUCUUAUAUAUAUAUGUAUCUACUAUUGGUGUGUUGUUCGUUACCACAGUGAGAAGUUGUAAACUCCAGAAGAACCAACGAGAAGGCUCGCCGACCGCCUAACCUGUCACGGUGACCGACAUCACGGCGAGAUCGCGGCUGAUACCUCCGCGUGUUCCGGCGCAAGAACAGCAGAAUCCGGAGUUCGACCGCGGGAGGAACCAGGAGUGCGCCGAAUAAAUGACGUAAAUCCGAGGAACGGAAACGCAACGUCACUCGCUAACUCGCAACCCCCCUUCCCCCUACCGUACCUCCCCCAUUCUGUCUUUCUCUUUUACCGUUUCCACGUUUCUCCUAUCCCACCCCUUCCCUUUGCCCGAUCCAGCACACCACCACGACCCGACCCUUCCACCACGUACGAUCUCCACGAUCCGACACACGACCGGACCCCUGACCCCCUGCCUCUUUACCCGCUUUGUCGCCUACCGCCUUCUUUCGUGCUUACACUCAAAUCUGCUCCAACCUUCGAGUCUUCUUCUCCCUCCGUUUCUUUCCAACGUUUCGCUCCGACAUUUUCCUCCCAUCCACCGUUCCUCAGCAGUAUCACGCCACCGUUGCUCCUUAUCUCGCCCCCUUAUCUCGCCCCUUCUCCAAGAAGCGCAACCGUGGCUAAGGUGAUCUUUCCGAAAAAUUCGAGUGCUCCGUUUUCUCUUACGGCCUACUACUACUACUACUACUACUAGUACUACUACUAUUACUACUACUACCUCCUCGGAGUCGUCCUUCCUCGUCCAAGUAGACUACACACAAGACACGCGUUAGCUUCAGAACCGGCUUGAAGGACACCACGACCGGCUUUUUGACACACACACACACCUCUCUCUCUUUAUAUAUAUAUAUAUAUAUAUACAUAUUAUAUAUAUAUUAUAUUAUAUUAUAUAUAUAUAUAUACACACCUCUGUGCAACAAAACUCGAAUGCAGCAACAAUCAGCCUAUAUAUUCGAUAAAGAACAAAAUCAACGCGUUCCUAGAGAGCAUACACUCGUUGAUCGACGUUUAUAGCUUCUCGAAGGCUUUCAAGCUUUGCCCAAACUACCACUACUACUUGCUCUAGUUGCUAAAGCGCCCUCCAAAGCUCUCCACGAGUGCAUCGUGCGAAGAUAAAAGGAAGAUCGAAGCAAGUCGAAUAUCGGUAGGAAGAAUCAAAACGGAGAGAGGAUCUUUCGUGCGCUAGCUUGUCUCUAGAGGCAAAGCAGGUCGACCGUGGCAGAAGCUCGACGCCAAAACGCCUAAAAACGCAGAAGCCAGAGCGCCUAAUCGCUGACAAUAUACAAACAUAAAUAUCGCCUCUUCUACUACUUCACUUUCUUUCACGCUGUGAAAAUAUCUUCCUCUGCCGACUUUCCUCGAGUAGAAGGGUGCAACGCGUUCCUCUUCCAGCCAACCGUUUCUACGUGAAUCAUCGAAAGGGUCGAGACGCGACGAUCAACGUACACGUCUACCAAACUAGCUGGAAUUACAAAGUCUCUCGAAAGAAAGAAAAAGGAACGGAAAGAGCUCUCUUUCUCUUUUACGCUAACUGGCAAGCACAGAGUUAACCGUAACUCGGUCUCUGCGUUACGACUGAACGUACCGCGAUCGAUAACAACUGUGUUUGAUAAAGAGCAGCCAGGCGAUAACGGUGUGUGCGUGUGCGUGUGUAUGUGUGUGAUCAUCGACGGUCUAAAUAUAGUUUAGAAUUUCUCGUAGAACUGGCGCUGACAAUCGCAAGCCUUUUACGCUACGCACGGUGUUCGAUAAUACGCGACAACGAAUCAUAGGCAAUUAAAACACAGAGGAAAGGAAAUCGAGAAAUUCGGAAAAGGAAAGGAUAAUCGAGAAGAAACGUGUAACGACGGGUUAAUUCGCGCUCGAACAUACGGAUAAAGUAAAAUCUUCGUUACGUCGUCGAUUACGUCGUCCGGUUUCCGCGAGUUUUCAAUCGUGAUUCAUCUACAAGGAAGAUCGUCCGAGCUCUUGGAAGAUCAUCGACUCGCCGCAGGACUCGUUCAUGGGACAAUAAGAUCGCACCCUACUCAAAGAAAUACUUCUUGCGCAAGAUUAGCCGGUGCGAGUGAACAAGAUUAAAGAGUCGAGGCUACGUGGAAGAGCAGCAUACGGACAGCCACGGUUUACGGAGGAAGGAGGAUAAACUAGAGUCGGUAGAAAAAAACCAGACUUUGUGUUAGUCCCUGCCUAAAGAAAGGAGUCCCGCGAUCUUCCAGGGCCAGAAAUUAUGGCAAUGGUCAACAUGAAUAACCUACUGAACGGCAAGGACUCUCGAUGGCUUCAGCUAGAGGUUUGCAGGGAGUUCCAGCGCAACAAGUGUACCAGGCCUGACACGGAGUGCAAGUUCGCCCAUCCACCAGCUAACGUCGAGGUGCAGAACGGACGGGUCACUGCUUGCUACGACAGUAUCAAGGGCCGAUGUAAUCGCGAAAAACCGCCGUGCAAAUAUUUCCAUCCACCGCAGCACCUGAAGGACCAGCUUUUGAUAAACGGGCGUAAUCAUUUAGCUCUGAAGAAUGCGCUGAUGCAGCAGAUGGGUCUUACACCGGCCCAACCAUUAGUGCCUGGUCAGGUACCAGCAGUGGAGGCACCGGCACCUCCGGCACCACACCAUCACCUUCAACAGCAAAUCCAGCAGCAACUUCUCGCUACCCACGCCUUUAUGGCGACGAAUCCGUACCUGACUGGUAUGCCUCAAGUUGGCAACACGUACAGCCCGUAUUUUGCGCCUAGUCCGAUCAUGCCAGCGAUCAUGGGUCCGGCGGAUCCAACAGGAGUCGGAAGCCCAUUGGGCGUGGUGCCGCAGACGGUGGCGAUGCCGCAGAAGAUGCCACGUACCGACCGCCUCGAGGUAUGUCGCGAGUUUCAACGCGGGGCGUGCAAACGCGGCGAGACGGAGUGCCGGUUUGCGCACCCCCUCGAGACGGUGCAGGCGAACGAGGACGGCUCUGUGACGGUCUGCAUGGACGCUGUCAAGGGCCGAUGCAAUCGGGACCCCUGCCGCUAUUUCCACCCCCCUCUGCACCUUCAAGCCCACAUUAAGGCCGCACAAUCUCGGGCUAGCAUUGCGACGGCGACUAUGCCGACGAACGUUGCGGGAAUGGGCGCGUUGGCUGGCGGAGUGUCAGGAGUGCCGGCAACUGCGGUUCCCGGAGGACUUCAGAGCGCCAGUAUAGCAAGCAUCGAACUCGGCAAGAAGCGGAUGCGCGACUCCAAUGAUGAUCUGCUAAUGAUGGACAUGAAGUCUGUCGGAUCGUUCUACUACGAGAACUUUGCCUUCCCAGGAAUGGUUCCGUAUAAACGACCGGCGGGCGACAAGUCCGGCAUGCCGGUCUAUCAGCCAACCGGCGCGACGACCUAUCAACAGUUAAUGCAGCUGCAGCAGCCGUUCGUGCCUGUGUCAUGUGAGUACACUGGAACACCACCCCUACCCACUCAAACCUCUAACCAAUCGGUCGUGCAACCCCCGAACGUGCAAAGCAACCACCACGCGGUGGUGGUUCAGUCCUCCUCCUCCUCUCAGGGAACCAGUGGCGCCACAGUGAAUAACUGCGCCGACGCCAACAAUGGCGUGCUGAUGGAUCCCUGCAACAAUCCACCGCCACCACCUCCAACCGCCGACAAUAACAGUAACAAUAGUAGCGGCAAUAACAAGCAGCCGAAUGCGACGCAGAAUCACGACGCGUCAGAAAACGCGCAUAACUCCCCCGAAUUGAAUCACGCGAGUCCCUCGACGAUUUCGCAACAACAGCAACAACAACAGCAGCAGCAGCAACAACAACAGCAGCAGCAGCAACAACAGCAACACCAACAGGCGCAGCAUCAACAACAACAAGCUCAGCAGCAGCACCAACAGCAGCAACAACACCAGCACCAGCAGCAUCAGCAACAUCAAUUACAACAACAGCAACAACAGAUACAGAACCAAUUGGCAUUGUCGGCUGCUUCCGUGCAACCCGCGAUGAGUCCAUUGACUUCAGUCGCUGGUCUGAGCUCGAUGCCAGGCGUGGUUAACAUGGCCUCCAUGGCCUCCAUGACGAACGUACCAUCGGUCACGAAUAUGGUAUCGAUGUCAAACUACAAUGCCUCGAACGUGGCUGGGUUGAACAUGCUCAACAGCCUCGGCAUGGCUUCCGGAUUGCCUACGCACCUCGAUCCUGCCGCUCUCGCGAAAGAGGUCGCCCAGAAGAAUUACGCGAAAGCCAUUAAGCUGUCUCAGGCGUCGCAAUCUUACGGUAUUAAUCAGCUUACCGCCCUGAAUUAUACCGGUGUAGCUUUGAACAAACAAGCUCUGGUGAAUCCAGCCGCGGCAGCUGGAAGCGCAGGAGUCGCCGGAUUACCGGCGACAACGGCGACACCUAGGCCGGUGAUUCCGAACCUAGCGGGGAUUCCCGGCGCCUUGGCCUCUCCGCUCUCCGCUGGAAUCUUGGCCUACUCGAGACCACCGACCGGCGCUCCUAUCAAUCCUUACUCGUUGAUGAGGCAACAGAUCUUGCCAAAUCCUUACGUUCAAGCCUCGAUACCUGGGGUUCCUGGCGCUGCGGCCGCGGUCCAAGGUAAUCCUUACGUCCAAAAUCCCUAUACGGUUCUACCGGGUGUCGCCAGCAUGCCUGGAGUCGCGGCUGGCGUCGCGGCGGCUGGUGUACCGGGUGUCCCACAGAUACCGCAGAUUCCAAAUCCGGCGACGAUCGCGGCGCAACCGCAGGUUGCUAUUCCAGUCAGCUCGGGCGUGAUCAUGCAGCCGUACAAAAAGAUGAAGACCUCGUAAAUGAAUUUCGUCGGACGAUCGGAGAGGGGGCAAAACACGUUUCUUCCUCUUCCACGUCUACGAACGUUAUGGUUCCUUCUUCUGGGUCCUCUGCGUCCUCUCUUUCGAAUGGGAACGCCGCGUGCCGAUUCUUUCGGAUCUUCUUCGUGGUCUGGCGAUCUUCGAGAUAUCAGGGCCGAGGAGUUUUUUCGUGUGUGUUAAUUUUUAUUCGUUUGACGUAGCUUCGUAGAGUGACUCGUAGAAUAUGGAAUUGGAUAUCGAAGAUUAGAUCAACGUUGCCGACCUAUUUUUUCAUUUAGCGCGAAAGAUAAAUAUGGAGUUUAGCUAGAUAUUAAACGUGUGUCGUUGUAGCGUACAAGGAAUUGAAUAUGUAAGGUGAACGCGACCGUUCCUGUUGAUGAAAGAGAGAAUAUACAGCGAGCGGAUGCGAAACGAGAAAUGAAACGUCGAAGUAAACGAUGAGAAACGCGUAACAAAGAAAUAAACAAACAAACAAGAGUUCCGAAAAAAUGUAGAUUCACUUUCUAGUCAGACAUUGUCGGUGAACAGUGCCUUAUCGACUCAAUUCCACUUGGAGUGUUUCGUAGAUAUGUGUAACGCUUACACGCGACGAAUAGAAAAUAACGACGCGAGAACUUUUGACGAAUACGAUUCAACAUUUUUUCAUUUCUAACCCGUUUCGUUGUGGCGAAAGUAGCAAUGCCGAAACGUCCACGCACGGCGGUUCGAUUUGAUCGUUUCGCGUUUUAUUUUCCCCCAUUCUUAUCUAUUAUUUUCUGUCUUAAAUAGAGCGACUCGACACGAAGACUUGCCAAUUGCACGAGCCAUCGGAAUAAGUUUUUAAUCCCGAUUAUCGCUUCUUCUUUCUCAUUUUUAUUUUCUUUUUUUCUUUUUUAAACACGCUCUAGCUGUAUACUACUAUUAAACGUUUCUUUAUUUCCUUUAUUCGUAGCUUCGAGAGGAAGAAAAAUGCGAGUGAUUUUACUGUUGUAGCGUACGUUAUUUUGUACGAUAAGUACUAGGAGUGAAACGAAAAAUUUGUUGAAAUUUAUACCGCGUGACACCACGUAACCCUUUGUUUUUUUUUGUUCAGAAUAUUGUUUCGUUUGUUGUGACCUAUCGAAGAAAGAAUAUCGUUCCUUCGUCAGAUCAUCAGAUCGAUUAUUGUAUUCUAUAUAUAUAUAUAUAUAUAGGUGUUUGUUCUAUAUUACGUAUAUAAUAUAUUCUAUAUAUUUUUUAUUUUCUACGUGAAGAUGGACGGAAGCGAUGCUCGGCCUAAGUCACGUUACGCGGGUACACGAAACUUGCCUUUUUAAGUCAUAGAAUAUUGUUAAUCCCGUUGUAAUCUUUUCAGUUGGCCUGUUCAAGUCCAUUCUGAGUCGAUUACCGAUUAAUAUUAAUUUAAUUGCUUACGUGUUAUUAAAAAUAUUGCAGUCCUACGCGAAAUAUUUACAGGGGCACCAGAAUUCGCGUACGCUGUAGCACAAAACUAUCCGGACACUUGUUUUCUUUUAGUACGCGGUAAAAAAUGAUACGAAUUUUUAAAACUAACGUGCAAUAAUACAAAUUGUUCUGUUAUUCAAAAUUAUUUCCAGAUUGUUUAAUUACCGAGCUGUAAGUUGGAUAAGAAAUGGUUUUAAAAUCAGAAUAUUCGAUAAGUUGUUGUAUCAACGUGUCUUGUUAUUAAUUUUAAUCGCGUAAGAUAAAUUUAUAAUCUGUCAGCUACCAGCAAAUUUAUAAUUUUAGCUACGUAUAUUUUCAAUAUUUGUCGCUCGCGGCAACGGACAGAGCUUUUACCUUUGAGGCAAAGGUGCCCGAACGAGUAAAUCUAUCAAGCGCGUAAGAAAAGGAAACGCUUGAAAUUCGCAGAUUCAACGGAAACUUUUUCCCACUCGUCGUGAACAAUGACACGCAUAAGUCGUAACAUUCGUUUUCACGAAUUUAGCCUAGCGUGAGAAAAAUGGUUGCCACUACGAAUAUUUCGCGUUAGUCCUUCGUUCGAUCCUUUAUAGUCGAAGUCUGUGGAAUUUUAUUCGCUAUAUAUUAUUGUUCGUUUAUCGUUUCUCAGAUUUUAAUUAUUUUUAAUUAUUUAUCAUAGGUUACUGUUAAAGAAACGGAGAGGCGGAGCGGAAAAGAAGGAAAACAGUGAGACAAAGAGAAACGAAUUUUCAUUCUUUACGAAUCUUACAUUUACUUUAGUAAGGAUAAUCGUACUUUUUCAGCAUCGUUUCGCCUUGAUAAUUAAAUCAAAUAAUAAAAGCGCGUCGCGACAUUUCAAAAACGCCGAUCGUUGAUAUUUGAGACUGGUGUCGUCGGAAUUGUCACUGAAAUUUCUACCGAUCCGAACUCCGCCCUUUCCACUUAGGUUUAGAAAUUAAUUGCAACUAUUAUACUAACGUAUGUUUCCUAGAAACACCUUGCACAUCGAUGAGAUUGAAGCAGAAACGCCGUCGUGUUCCGGGCGAUACUUUUAAACUCGCACGAUUAACGUACGUGCAUAGAUUUUAGCAAACAGACUUCGUCCUGUCUCAUUUUAUCUAGCGCUAUGAUUAUACACAGACAUAUACACGCGCGUGCGCACACACACACACAUACACCCACACACACAUACAUAUAUAUAUGUAUAUUUAUCUAUUAGUAUAUAACAGCGUGUGAACCACCCGAAGACAGUCUGCUGUCUUUUACGUAUUCAAUUCGGGGGAGUAUAAUUUGCAUACAGUGAACCUCGUCAAUUGCAAAUCACGAGCUUAUGCAUUUAGCCGAGAGGGAAAACGAAAAACGGCGAAGGAAAAUAAACCGAUCGUAAGGAGAACGCAAAAAGGGCGUAACGCGGAGUGAUACGAUAGAGUUAACGAAUGAUUAAGAGAAAAUCGAUUAAAAUACGAAAAAAAAAAGGGAAAAAUAACAGAAAAAGACAUGCAUUUACGCGAUUAGCGGAUACGAAUAGAAAAAAAAAAAAAAAAUACAGAAACGAAA